AAAAUUUUUUUUUUUUUUUCUUCAUCAAUCAUGGAAAUUACACCGUUUGUGAGAAGACCAAGCGUUGGCCGUGAAGGAAGACCGAUUAAAGUUCGAACAAACUUAUUUGAAGUAAUUACAAUGCCAACAAAUAAUAUUAUACAUUAUGAUGUAUCUAUUACACCUGAGGUCCCUCCGCGAUUAAAUAUGAAAAUAUUUGAAAGUUUUGUGAACCAAUACCGAGAAGAGCCCUUGGGUCGAAAGAUUAUUCUUUGUCUAUUUAUAAUAAAAUGAAACAAGUCUUAUCGAUGAAAUAUCUAUAAAAAAAAAAAACACUUUGUUAAUUAUACUUUAAAUGGACUCAUUAAAAUUGAUA